AUGCCCUCCCUGCUUGCGACGGCUGGCGCAAAAGCAGAUUUAUCGCAGUACAACGAAGAGGUUGAAUGCAGUGACGAACGUGACGGGUGGGAGACCAUCGUGAUGGACGGGCACACGUACGGCGUCCGUACGUCCGGGAUGGAUGAAAAGGGUCAGGCAUUCGAGACGCUUGUGAUAUAUUGCUCGACAUUGGGUCCUCGUUUCGCCCCGUUUUUGGGUCCCACACUCGAGGUGAUGCUUCCGUGUUUGAGGUUUUACUUCCAUGAAGGGGUUCGUGAGGCGUGUGUGAUGCUUGUCCCGAUGCUUCUUGCGUGUGGCAAGCAGAGCGGUACCCUCACGAAUCAGAUGGUAGCCUUCCAUCAGCUUAUCACCUGCAUCAACACCGAACAUGACGCGACCUUCCUCGCCUCGCUCUACAAAUACUUUACCGAAUCCCUACGCGUGAUCGGGGGACCCGAGGCGCUCUCGCAGCAGUUCCACGGCGCGGUGAUGGAGGCGACGAAACGACAGCUACACGCCAUUGCCGACAGACGCAAAGUACGCGCCGCGCGUGUUAACGGCACUGGCGGACCCAUGAGCAUGAGCAUGGGCAUGGGAGAAUACGACCGCGAUGAGAUGGCCCUCGUGGAGGAAAUUGAAGAUUUCGCGCUGGAGGAUGUGGGCAAGAUGUUGAUGUGCUUUGACCCGAACCAUCCGCUGCUUGUGGCUGUUGCGGGUAUGAGGGAUUUAGGGUUCAACACGUAUGAUAGUGAUGAGGACGGUGAGGAGGAGGAAUGA